CUCUACCCCCACUACUUCUACAAAACCCUACUCUCUCACACUCCCCUUCCUUUCUUCUACCUAGCUCCAGUUGCUAACAUGGGCACAUUGUACCAAAUGGAGCUGAACACCAGAAGCAAGCAGCAGUCUAGCAACAGCAAGGGCAAGGGCAAAGCCAUGGCCAGGAUCGUGGAAGAGGAGGAGGAGGAAGCUGAAGAUUUCUUCAGCUCAAGCGGUUGUGGGUGCUUCCUCUGCGCCAUCAAACAGCCGGACGCCCGGCUCCGCCGCGCCAGCCUUGCCGAUUUCUUCAGGGAGUUGCCAUACUGCGAGGAUGACGGCUGUAACGGCCAGUCAUGUGCCGCGGCAGUCGGCGCCGUGUGGCGCGCGGCCAUGGCGGCGCCCGACGAGCCGGAGCUCCCCUCGCUCGGCGCGAUCCGGUGCAUGUCCCUCCUCCUCGCCCGCGCACUCGCCGACGCGGCGUGGUGCGGCCGCGGCGACAACGUGUGCGUGCCGUACUACGCCGCCCACGUCAUCGGCUCUUACACCAUCCGCUGCUCCGCGCACGCUGAGCUGGCCGUCGCGGCGGGGGCCGUGCGGCCCCUGAUGGCCCUCCUCGGCGGCGCCAUGACGUGGGUAGAGCAGCGUGCGGCGGCGCGCGCCCUGGGCCACCUCGCCAGCUACGACGCCACGUUCCCGGCCGUCGCGCGGCACGCCGCCGAGGCGGUGCCGCUCGCCGUGCGCGCCGCGUCCACCUGCAUCGCCGACGUCUACGCGAACUUCGUCGCGCUUGCACCGAUCAGGCGGCCAAAGUACCAGCGCGACCUCAUGGCGUGCGGGCUCGGCGGCGGUGCCGACGCCGAGGACAGGAAGGCAGAGGAGUGGGCGAGCCAGCUCCAGUGCUGGUCGCUCUAUUUCCUGAGCUGCCUCGCCUCCAGGGACCUGUCAUCUCAUGCCAUGAUAUGCCAGGACGCCGUGUUCUUGCGCGAGCUGUCCCCGAUGUGGGGCGGCCUGGCGAACGGCGACUCGCCCGCCGGCGUCGGGCUGCUGCGCCUUCUAUGCAGGAGCUCAGUCGGCCGGGCCGCCAUCGCGGCGUGCCGCGAUGCACUCUCCAGUCUCUGUGACCUCGUGCGUUCGUCCGACGACUGGCAGUACAUGGCCAUGGAUUGCUUGCUCCUCCUCCUCGACGACCGCGACACAUGGCAUGCCGUUGCUGAUGCCACGGCGGCGUGCCUCGUUGACUUGGUCGAUCUCCGGCACCUCGGUCCAAGGCGACGACUCGGCGAUGCCAUUGCAUCUGCAUUGCUUCGUGAUGGCGACCAUGUCGGUGGCCGUGAACUAGGCGUGGAAGCAAAGGAAGCCAUCGGCAAAUUGAGGGAGCUGAAGCUAGAGAGGAAGGAGACAGAGGAAGCAAUGCCUAGGGAUGAGCUGCUGAAGAGAGAGAUCUUAGCCAAGGAGAAGAAGAGGCAAGGAAACGACAGCUUCUUGCACGGCGACGUCGACAAGGCCAUUGAUCUGUACACCGAAGCCUUGGAGCUGUGCCCCCUGCACAGGAGGGAGCGGCUGGUGCUGCACAGCAACCUCGCGCAGUGCCGGCUCGCGCGGCGCGAGGCCGACGCGGCGGUGAGCGACCCGACGCGCGCGCUCGCUCUGGCGCGGCCGGCGAACACGCACGCCAGAAGCCUGUGGCGCCGCGCGCAGGCGUACGACAUGAAGGCCAUGGCCAGGGAGAGCCUCCUGGAUUGCCUAGCCUUCGCCGGCGCGUGGCUCGACCGCCGGAGGCACCCGCGGAGGGCGGCCCGUGGCGCGAACCCAAAGCUGCCGUACUGCAUCGCGCGGAUGAUCAGUAAGCAGAUGAGCGUGACAGGGCUGUUCGCCGGCGUGUCGAUGAACGGCAUCAAGGUAAGGGGUGAUGAUUGCAUGCCACGGUGCAGCGAAAAUGAUGACGGGGACGAUGAGGACGACGAAGAUGAUCGCGAUGAUGACGACGAAAGCGAGGAGGAAUUUGAUGACAACCCUGGGUUGAAGAUCUGCAAGUCAGCAGGAAGGGAAUUGCCAAUUGUCACGGGGGAUGCUUGGAGGAGAUUAGCUCGGAUGACAUGAAAGUGCAAACCUCUUGUUAUCUCAUGAUCCACCGUAGUAAGCUAGCAAGCUCACUGAUGAUAACUGCAGCAAAAUUAGGGCUUAACAGUGCCUUUGUCAGAUAGUCUCUGAUCGGUGCAAUAGCUCAUCUUCAAUACGCAGGGAUCAUCACUUCUGUUUUUGUACUUGUAAGCUCACUUGUUUGAUUUAAUUCAUGAUCAUGAGCUA